CUCUCUGUCUCUCCGCCGCUCCGGGAGGCGAGCGGCGCGGCUGCGCCUGGCUGGGGGAGCCCGAGGGAGACUUUUGUGGGCAAACAUCCGAUGCCUGGAGCCCUUAUCUGCCGGGAGUCUUAUCUCCCAGUUAUCUCGCAGGAGGGAGAGACGUGUUUGGUGCCUAUCUGCGAGGGGGCUGUGUGUGUGUGCGUGUGUGUGUGUGUCCUGUAUUCAUGUGCCCACGGUUAUCUGGAGAGCCCCGAGGUGGGCUGAGAGCCUCGCUGCCCGCUUCUCUUGCUGUCAUUUCUCCCGCUCCCCUUUCGCUUUCCGCCCCUUCUCCCGGAGGCUGAGCACCGCGGGAUCUGUGUCCGUCUGUCUGUCUGUCUCUUCGGCCACUCUCUGGGAUGCCCCCGGGCUCGAUGCGGGUCCCGUCCCGCAAAGCCCCUAGAAGGGGACCUGGAUGGCCGUGGCUGAAGGCGGCUGGUGCGCGGUGAAGCGGUGCGCUGCGGACGCCGGCGGUUCCUCCUGCCCUUUCGCCACCAGGGAGCCGGGCCCGUCUCCUCCUUCGCCCUCCUCCUCCUCUUCCUCCUCCUCCGGCGGCUCCCAGGGCGAGCGCAGCUCCUCCAAGACUCCUCAACCGGAGCCCGACGGCAGCCACCGGCCGGCCCCACCGCCGCCGCCCCCCGCCGCCGCCGCCACCGAGGGCAGGUCGCUGCUCGCCCCCUACGUGCACUUCGGGGCCCCCCACCCCUCCGGGCUGCCCAACUGGGAGGACAUCCUGCUCUUCGCGGAUUUAGACCAAACCAACAAGCUGAUCUGGUCCAGCCGCGGCUCCAAGCUGAGCGCCCUCGGCGCCGAGCAGCCCGAGGAGAUGUACCAGACCCUGGCCAUCUCGGCCGCCCAAGGCCCCACGCCGUACGACGGAUCUCCGGGCGGCUUCAUGCACUCCACGCCUAGCUCGCCCGUCUACGUGCCCACCACCCGCGUGGGCUCCAUGCUGCCCACCCUGCCCUACCUGCAGGGCAGCGGGGGGGCUCAGCCCAGCCACCCGGGAGGCGGCCACGCCGUCUGGUCCCAACCGGCGGCGGAGAGCCCCUCAUACAGCACCGGCGGCGGCUCCCACCCCUCCGGCCGCUUCCCCUACUCCCCCAGCCCGCCGGUGGCCAACGGGGCCUCCCGGGAGCCCGGCGCCUACAGCAACAGCCUGGGGGCCAGGGACCAGUACAGCCCCCUGGCCCGGCCGCUCAAUGGCUCCUACCCGGGGCCCUACACCUCCUACGUGGGGCCGCAGCUCACCCCCGCCUGGCCCACGGCGCCUUUCGAGAACUCCAUGCUGCACUGCCUCCAGGGCCGGGCCGCCCCUAUCCCCGUCCGGGCACCCAGCGCAGAGCUGCUGGAGGACCUGUCCGAGAGCCGGGAGUGCGUCAACUGCGGCUCCAUCCAGACCCCGCUGUGGAGGAGGGACGGCACCGGCAACUACUUGUGCAACGCCUGCGGGCUCUACACCAAAAUGAACGGCCUCAGCCGGCCCCUCAUCAAGCCCCAGAAGAGAGUGCCCUCGUCCCGGCGGCUGGGCUUGUCCUGUGCCAACUGCCACACCACGACCACCACCCUGUGGCGCAGGAACGCGGAGGGAGAGCCCGUCUGCAACGCCUGCGGCCUCUACAUGAAGCUCCACGGGGUUCCCCGACCUCUCGCUAUGAAAAAAGAAGGAAUUCAGACCAGGAAGCGAAAACCUAAGAACAUAAAUAAGUCAAAGGCAUGCUCUGGUAACAGUACUACUGCGGUUCCUAUGACUCCAACAUCCACGUCUUCUACUAACUCAGACGACUGCAGAAAAACCGCUUCUCCCAGCACACAGAGCGCAGCCUCCGGGGCGAGCUCGUCGGUGAUGUCUGGCCCAGGAGAGAGCACCAGUCCCGAAAGCAGCAACCUUAAGUAUUCAGGUCAAGACGGGCUGUACACAGGAGUCAGCCUGACCUCCACGGCCGAAGUGACGGCAUCCGUGAGACAGGAUCCCUGGUGUGCCCUGGCUCUGGCGUGACCCGGCGUGAGGGAAGCUGGAUCCCGGCCCCGCGUGGCAGCCCCCAGGCGUCCGCGCACGCUUUCUUCUGCGGAGCAGUGGCGGUGGCAGCGAGAGUGCUGGCAAAGACCAUUCCUCUGAAAUCGUUUCUUGUGCCUUGGCGGCAGAGGUGUUUGUUCUUCAGCCUCCGAAAGAGGCUCUGCCGAAGCAUCCAGUUCCUCAUCUAUGCAAGAAAAAUAUAGGGAAAGCAAACGUCCACUGGGGAUAGCUAAUGCAGCCUUACGCCCUCCAAAAAAAAAAAAAAAAAAAAAAAAAAAAAAAAAAAAAAGAAAAAAAAAA